GGGCUGGCGGGCCGACCUCUGGCUUCACAGCUCCCGUUUGGCGAUUGGGGACAGCUUUCCCGCUCGCUCGCUCUCUCCCUCCCCAACCCCUCGACCACUUGCGACCGCAAGCAAGCCGCCGCCGUCUCCCGCGCUCCCGAACCCGUACCAUGAGGCUUUGAGGGCGUCGCCGAAUCCCCACACAACAUGUUGCGCAUGCUCGAAGCGCAGGCCCCGGCCAAGCAGACGGCCACCGACACCAUCAACACGCUAUGCAGCCGUCUCGCCAGCGCAACCCUCCUCGAGGACCGGCGCGCCGCCAUCCUCGGCCUGCGCAGCUUCGCGAAAGAAUACCCCGCCUCGGUUGCCUCGGGCUCCCUUCGCGACCUCAUCAAGGCCCUGACGCGCGAUGCUGAGGAUUUGGACACGAUCAAGGUGGUCUUGGAGACGUUGCUUAUGCUGUUCAGCCCGGACGAGAAUAGUCCGGAAGCUUCUGAAGACAUAUCCUUGUGGUUGGCGGAUGAGUUCACUCAACGGCAAGAUAACAUAACCACUCUCCUGGACAUGCUCGAGACCAACGACUUUUACUCGAGGCGCUAUUCUCUCAAGCUGCUCAAGGCUAUUUCUGGACUACGACCGGAGAGAACGCAAGAGUGCAUCCUCUCGGCUCCUCUCGGCAUACCUAGGCUUGUCGGAACUUUGGACGACCCUAGGGAUGCUGUCAGAGAUGUUGCCCUGGACCUCCUUAUCGACCUUACCCAGUCCUCGACCGAGAUCCAGAAGAUCGUCGCGUUUCAGGAUGCCUUUGGCCGAAUAUUCCAGCUGAUUGAGGGCGACGGUUCUAUCAAACAAGGUGGCAUCAUCGUCCAGGAUUGCUUAACCCUCCUGGCAAACCUCAUCCAGUACAACGCCUCGAACCAGCUCGCAUUCAGGGAAUCGGGCUGCGUGCCCAAGCUCGCGAAACUUUUGCAAAACGGUACGCAUGUUCCAAUGCCCACUCGGCCGGACGAAGAAGAGGAAUGGGAAAGCCCGCACAAGGAAAAGAACUUGUUUGGGCUGUUGGCUGUUAUCAGGAUGUUCGUCGUAAAAGGCAGUGUAGGGACAAUGGCGAACCAGGACUCUUUCCAAAAGACGGGAAUGUUGCAACAAGUCCUCGAGUUGUCUUUCGAGAACACUGCGUCCAUGCCCAUUCGCGGACAGGCCCUGUACACGGUCGCCGACAUCAUAAGAGGAAACCACAGGCUACAAGAAAUUCUAGCGUCGUCUCAAGUUCCGUUUGUGGCGGAGCAAAUCAACGGCGAGGGACCUGUUGGCCCAAGCCAUGUGCAUGUCAUCGACGCUUUGCUCCAGCUUAUUCUCGGCUCGCCAUCUGUCCUGAUGUUUGAUGCGCGGUUCGCCGGCUGCGAGCUUUUGAAAGCUUACUUCUACAAGCAUCCUGGAACAGGGCGGCACUUCCUAAACCAUGCCAUUAAUGUUCAUACCGCCGGCGAAGAUGAUGCAUGGAAUGUCCUGACCACUUUGAUAAACGGUCCGCAAAGUUUCCAGACGGUGGACUCCUACCGCCUCUGGUUCGCAGCAGUCAUUGCUUUCCAUUUGAUAUUCGAAGAACCAGAUGCUAAGAGUUUGCUCAUGAGCGUUGUUGAGGGAGAUGCCGAGAGCGGAGAAGAAGUGGUUACAUGCAUACAAGCCAUGAGCAGUAACCUCAUCAGCGGUCUCAACAACGGCGAGGACGAACGCGUCACUAUUGGCUAUCUCAUGCUUCUGUGCGGCUAUCUCUUCGAGGAUCCUGAUGCUGUCAACGACUUCCUUGGCGAAGGAAGCAGCAUCCAAAGCCUUGUAACUGCGGCUGGUCGGACAACGACCGAUCAGCCGGUGGUGCGCGGGUUGUGCGCGGUCUUGCUUGGUAUCAUCUACGAGUUCUCAACGAAAGACUCCCCCAUCCCUCGUCGCGAAUUGCAGCCUGUCCUUCUCAACCGCUUGGGCCGGGAGAAGUAUCUAGAUGCGAUCACCCAACUCCGCACGCAUCCUUUUGUCCGUGAGUUCGAAGUCAUGCCUCAAGGCGGCGCGGCAGCCUUUGGAGGUGCUCUACCGGACGUGUUCUUCGACUCCACAUUUGUGGACUUUUUGAAAGACAACUUCAGCCGGUUAUCACGGGCCAUCGACAGGGAUCCUGGCAUCGAGAUCCAGCAAAACCCUCAGGGCGUUGACAGGGAUGUCCUCGAUGAGAUCCGUGGUCAGUUGGAGGAGAAGAACCAAGCAUUGCAAAAUGCUGAGUCUCAAAUGCUCGUCAUGGAAAGGCGGUUGAACGAAGAGCAGGCCAACCACCGCAAGGAUCAGGAAACAUCGGUAGCGGAGGUCAACCGGAUCAAGAAUGUCAACGAGACAUUGCAACGCAACCACAACGCCGAUAUUUCCAAGUUGGAAGCAGAACACAAAGCCGCAUGGCAGAAGCUGGAGGAACAGCAGCGGCAGCAACUUGCGAGCUUGAAUGUUCAGCUACAACAAACGCAGAGGGAAGCGUCCGCCCAAGCCGCUCGGAACAAAGACCAGCACGACCGCGAAACUGGCCAGUUGAAGGCUCAGCUGCAGCAGGUGCAGAGAGAAGCUGCCGGCCAGGCGGCCAGGAUCAAGGAGCAGCACGAUCGCGAAAUCAAGCAACUGCAGCAAGAGAGGGGCUUGUUCGAAGAGAGGAGCAAAAAGGCCGAGGCGAGCUUGGAUGCCGCGAGUAAGCAACUCAAGGAGCUGCAAUCGAGCUUCGACAAGGCGAAGACGGAUCUUGCAGCGGCUCAAGCGGCUGUUGCUUCCCUUGAGGAACGGGCCAAGAAGGCAGAAGCAGAGUUGGACGCGACCAAGAAGAAGGUCAAGGAAGUGGAGCUCGCGUUCAGCCAAACCAAGGCCGACUUCAGCAGCGCACAGGGCACGAUAGCCAGCCUGGAGGCGGACGUCAGCCGCAAGACGUCGCAGGCAGAAGAGCUGAGUCGCAAGGCGGAGCAAGCGGAGAAAGCUUCGGGCAAGGCAGCGGACAAGCUCAAGGCCGAGGUCAAGGAGCUCAACGCCGAAGUCAAGGAGCUCAAGGCCAAGCUGCAGAAGCAAGAAGAGCAGGCCAAGAAGCUCGAGGACGCGGCCAGGAAGCACGAAGCCGCGACCAAGGCUGCAGAAGAGAAACUCAAGCAGACCGAGAGCAAGUCGGCGAAGGCGUCGGAUGAGGCGCUCAAGAAGGCUGAGGAGCAGGCGAAGAAGGCGCAGGAGGCGCUGAAGAAGGCGGUGGAUGAGGCGAAGAAGGCAAGGGAUGAUGUCGGGGAGAAGGAGGAGGCACGCGCUUCGGCCCAGGCUGAGCUCGACGAUAUGCUCAUGGUGCUGUCGGAUCUGGAGGAGAAACGCGCAAAGGAUAAGGCGCGUCUUAAGGAGCUGGGCGAGGAGGUCUCGGAUGCGGAGGAUGAGGACGAGGAUGAGGACGAAGACGAAGAUGGGGAUGGGGAUGAGGAGUAGUAAAAGCGAUAUACUCCAUUUGCUGUGUAUUAUUUUGAUGUUAGCGAUUGUAAAUAGAUUGGUGGCUAUUGAGGCUGAGAGACUGGUAUGUACCGAAGUUUGCUGGCA